GCAUUCAAAACAUUGCGCUACAACGUUUUGCCUAAGAGUACAGUUAUUUAUGUAGAUGGGCAUCUUGAUCUUUAAAGGUGUAACUUUUUAUGCAUGCAAAAGAUAUAGUUUACAAAAGAAUUCCUCGUACUACCGGCAUUGAAAAAAAAGGUCCUAAUAGAACACACUUGGAGCCAACUGGUUGAAAGAAUGUUAAAACUGAAAAACGCCCAGGUUUUUAAUAACUUUUAGUUUUUCCACCUUUCUGGAGCAAAAUACAACUAAGUACGACUACUCUUUGCUUCCGGACUAGUACUAAAGAACUUUAAAUCUUUAAAGAACCAUAGAUUACGUGGUGACUUGAUAACGGCUUACAAAAUACUAAGUAACUCGAGUCGUUCGAACAGUGGAAUCCUACCGAACGGCCACUGUGGUGAUCCUUGUGGUAACCCAAGGAGAUUCGCUCAUCAAAGGGCGAAAACCCGUGUGACGCUACACUUCUGUCUGCGAGUUUGCGGCCACUGGAACGCAUUGCCCGUGAGAUUACUACUCCUCCGUUUGUUGACGGCUUCAAGAAGACCUUGGACGGUGGCGCAGCGAUGCACGGCUUGCGCUUAUCAAGCUGGGAUAUGGACUAUUCUGACACGACCUACUAACUCAGUACGGUCAGUCCAUCAUCGAAUACUUUGUAACACCACUAUCAGUGUGAACUUGGUUCAAACUUAUACUUCCCUAUACAUGUCACCUCCGGUUACCGCCUCAAACUAAUAGAAUUACUACUCUAUCCCCAUAAGCCGUCCCAUAGUGUUAUUUUCUCCUCUUCCUGCUGACUUUACGUUCUCGUACCUUAAUACAGGCUCUCCUCAUCACCUCUCUUCCAUGAAUCUACCGAUGUUUCUUCUUCCGUACUGUUUCCUUUCAACUCGUCGUUUUUAUCUAUUUAUUUUUCUUUGCGCUCCCUCUCUCUUGAUUUCUCUGGACGUAUUUUCCAUCUCUUUUUUUCACAACCAGUCCGACCACUUGUCUAGUGGCACGACACUUGAGGAACCCAUUUGCAUCACAGUCCUUGGAAAAAAACAACACAUACUGCCAGUCAGGCUAACCAGAGCUACAACAGUCUGGGGGGUAGACCGACUGGAUCGGAAUCCAGCAAAGACCUGGAAGCGUUCUGAAAGACCUAGAAGCGAGCGCGAAGAAAUCAAUUGGUUUACACUAGCUCGUAAAAGGAUGUUGAAUAUAUGGUACUUAUGCAUAAUCUCACUUCUCAGUACUAAAGACAGUGAACCAGUUGGACUGUGUUAAAGCUUUCGGAAGAUAUCUCUGUGAAUAUCUGAUAUCUUCUUAAACGCGUUGACUGUGGGUGCUUAUAUUACUUCCUGAGGUAAGGAGUUCUAGUCGUUGAUCACAUAAUGAGAGAAACUCAGAUUCAUGCUAAGUUGAUUCGACCGCGGUUUUGAGAUUUUUUUGCGAUGCUGUCCAAGGUAAUCAAUCCUGCCAGUAGGGAGAAGAUACAACAUAUCACUACCGAAGUCAUUUUUAAGGAUAUGGAAUGCCAGUAUGAGACCACCCUCUUUCAACCGACAAGAAAGCAGAAAUAAGUGUAGCCAAUCUAGUCGUUCCUCAUACAGCGGACUCAGAAGGCCUGCUACACGCUUAGUGCCUACCCUUCGAACACGCUUAAGUACAUCAGAAUCCCUUUUUAGACAUGGAGUGCCUGCCUGAAUUCAGUAUUCCAAAUGAGGUCUAACGUAAGCAGAAUAGAGCCUUCUGAGCAUAUCCUGACCAAAACUUUCGAACACUGUGCGGAUGAACCAUAAUACACCGAGGCCUACUGCUGCGGCUGCAUUACAGUAUGCCGAGGUUUCCAAAUCAUGGCUUACGAUGAUGAUGAUAAUGAUGAUGACGCAGCCUUUCAGUUCAAAGACUGGGAGUAGUGGUGUACCAUCAACGGAAUACUAAAAACAAUUGCUAUGACCAAUGUGCAUCAUUGCACUUUUACUAGAGCUGAUUUCCAAGUACCAACAUUUGAAACAACCUACUAGUUCAUCCAAAUCUGCUUGAAGUGCAUAUCUACCAGCAUCAAUACGUGUGACUCUCCAAACAUAUACAUAAUCGGCGAAUAACAGCACCAAACAGAUGAGCAUUUCUAGUAAUUCCUUGAUAUAUGACAAGAAACGUAGGGGACCUAGGAUUGUUUCUUGAGGACUGUAAACUUCGUUUAUUUCGUGUGGAGCGUUCGGAUCCCCAACUGUUAGGUAUCUGUUGCUUCUACUCCAGUUGCUUAUAUGAGUUAGCACGAAGUCAUUUGCAAGGUAAGAUAGACUACGGUAAAUUACCCCAAAAAUGCAGCAACCUUCCUUUGACUUCAGCUCACAACUGGUUACUUCACAGGUACCGCAUUCAUGUACUUCUGAAGCGACUUACCGUAUUUGGACAUCAUCAUGAACAUAGAGUAAUAUACCUAUUUAUCCUUACACAAUAAUACUCUGUUAUAAAUGGCGUAAAAUCUAAAUCCUUUAUUAGACAGGUUUCAGUAGCGGCCACUAAAUCAGUAUCUUGUUCAUAGACUAAAGUUUGGAGGUCUGUCAAUUUAUUUCUAAUGAUGCGGACAUUGGUGUAACUUGCGUUCAUAGUGUUUGGAGAGUUCUAUGACUCAGCCCGAAAACCCUCAAUUUUAAGAUUGUUUUCUCCACUAAUUUGUACAGCCUCAAGUUCAUCGAUUGCUUCUCUUUUUAUCCGGUCCUCGACAGGCCAGUUUGAUCUGAUGCGGAUGUCUAAAUUUCGCAGUUUGGAUGUUACUCAGAAGUAUAUCCAUUUCUUUUAUGUUGCCUAGAACCUUUAAAACCCUCCUUUUAUCUGGUUUGGCAUCCAUUUUUUCCCUAUCCUGACUACUUUAGAGCUUCUAGGCCACGUCAACAUUUUUGGGGAGCUAUGGGGCAUUGUUCUGUUAAAAGCGGUAGGCUAUGCACUGAAAUCAGUCCUUUUGUCUGACUCUUGUUUCCAUAUUCUCUCUUCUCACACGACCUAACAUCUGAAAGAUUUCAGAUAUAAGAGUAUGCAUACUUACAUACCAUAAUUAGCUUUAUAAACAACAAUCAGAUACAUGUUAGGGAGCAUUGUGUGCCAAAAUUCUUAUACUUCUGUCAUGCUACAUAUCACGAGUUCCAUUUCUGGCCUGAAAAGCGGUAGGAUAAUAAACAGGAAACACAAAUCUAUAAAUGGUAAUAUAUUGUUGAUUAAAGUUUCGCAAAUCCGUAAGAUCACCAUCUCUUAUUUAUUUGAAAUUGUUUUCAAUAGCGUUUUGUAUGAAUAAGUUCAUUGCAUUUGAUGAUGCAGACAUCUCAUCCUGCGAAUUGUCAUAGUAAUAAGAGUUUACUUUUGCCCCGUAUCAGCGCUUUAUCUUUUAAAUUAAUUCUUAAGGUUAUGAAGUCAAGUACUCAUACCUUUCAAUUUGUGUACUGUAGAAAGUUUGUAGUGAUUUUCAAAAUCAUUAAAUGAAUUCGUUGUUUCAGUACUUGUCAGAUCUAGAGACGGAAACCGAUGCUUAUCUAAGUGUUUGUGGUUGAAAGAUAUAUGAAAUGAUAUUUGAAAACCACAUGCCAUAUGCUUCUUGAACUGCUUUUCAUAUCCACUUCGACGUAUUUAUGGACUUGUAAAUACUGAGAACGAAGUUGCACUAAGUGGAAAAACGUUGCUUACCCGUUGUAUUUGCCUAAAAUUUACAUAGACGUUCCUAAAAUACAACAAAGAGGUUAUCUUGCUUAUUAUUAUUUAUGAUAUCAGUAUUCAGUGACUUGUUUCUGAUAAGUAUUUCUCUACAGUUCCUCCGCCUAUAAAAAUAUGUCCUUCAAGUUGUGGAGGUUAGAUACUUUUUGAAUGCAGAAAGUGGCAUACGUAUCAUACAUAUUAACAUAAAUAUUGUUUUCAGUGCCGUCUUGCUCAGAUUCACUGUUUCUUUCUCCUCUGUAGGUCUCUAUGGUGGUAAGUGUUGAAAUGCGUAAACAUCUUCAUACUGUGAACUUUUUCAGAAUUCCAACCACCAGUUGUUUCAUAAGCAAGCACACAUUGUUCCUGUAAAUAAAUGUUUAUCAUAUUUUAAAGAGCAUUCAAUGCUUGUAGUGUCAAACUACUUCGUUGUUUCCAAGUAAACGAGUAGAAAUUCGUAAGUGGGUAUUUCCAGGAAAGUUGCUGAAUGAAAGCGAACGAUCGAUUCUAUAACCGUAUUGAUGUACAUGGAUAUUACAUAUAGGUACUUCUUGUAUUGCCAUCUACUUACGUUUCGCGUGACGCUGAUGACUUAGUUUAGUACAUUAAUUUUACUAUUCAGUUAGUCAAAAGGAUUAAUACUUGUGUUGUGAAAAGGUUCAAAAAUGUACAGAAAAGCUGGUGUUGCAUCAAUUAAGAGUAAAUCUCUUACUCAGUCGAAGUAUAAAGAAAAAAGUGAUGAGUUAGCUGGAAAUCAGAUUACAACUUUGUCACGUCAGUUUGAACAAGUUCGUCAGGCACUUGAACUAUUCGCUAGUAAACACAGAAACAAGAUUAAAGAGGAUCCUCAACUGCGUUCACAAUUCCAAGCAAUGUGCAGUAGUAUUGGUGUCGAUCCUCUGGCGUACAGUCGUGGAUGUUGGUCAGAAACUUUGGGUUUAGGAGAAUUUUACUAUCACCUAGGCGUAAAGAUAAUCGAAGCUUGCAUGGCGCACCAGAAGUAUACUGGAGGCAUCAUCCCCGUACAAGAACUGGUAUCUUUAUUGAACAAAAAUAGGACACGAUAUGAGUCAGAAAUUAGCGUAGACGAUGUCAAGAGAUCCAUCAAAAAGUUACGCUGCUUGGGUACAGGAUUCAGUCUCAUCAGUCUACCUGGUGGUCAGUCACUUGUUCAAUCAAUUCCUAGUGAAAUGAGUAUGGAUCAAACUUUAGUGCUAGGUCUCGCAGAAAGUUCUAACAGUCAUACGACAGUUUUCUGCUGUGAUGAGCAAAUUCGAUUGGACAAAGGAUCGUACAGAUGCUGCUUUUCAUCAUUUAGUUCAAGAAGGUAUUGCCUGGGUGGAUGACUUAGAUGCUUGUGGUGAAAGAGUAUUUUGGUUCCCCGGUUUUAUGAGCACAGUUAUUACGUCAUAAAUGUGCAUAAAAUAUAACUACUGCGUUUCAUUUCUUAUUUUAAUAAAGUAUUUUGCU